AUGAGAUCCGUGGCACUUCGAGUCUCCACCAGGCGGCUGGUGUCGUCGAGCACCCGUGCCAAUGCCAGCGUGCAGUCCAGUCUGUCCAUCGAGAAGUUCCCGCCAAAAUCCACCAUUUUCUCGCUCAUUCAGCCCACAGGCAAGAUCCACUUGGGCAACUACCUUGGCGCCUUGCGAGGCUGGGCAGACCUUCUCAAGGUAGACUCGCCCCAGAGCAAGUUUAUCUUCGGCGUUGCCGACUUGCAUGCGCUUACCAUGCCUACAGAGCCCCUCCAGUUAAAACAGCACCGGUACGAGGCCAUGGCCAGUUUGAUAGCCGCUGGGCUCGACCCCGAAAGGUGUAUUGUUUUCCACCAGUCCACAGUCCCAGAACACACGGAGUUGAACUGGUACCUCGUUUGUUUAGCGGGAAUGGGCCAGUUGAACCGGAUGACCCAGUGGAAACUGAAGGCCCACCAGGCGCUGACCAGCUCCAUCUUCGAGGAAGCGGUUUUGGAGAAAACAAGGGCGGGAGUGUUGUUGUAUCCCGUGCUCCAGACUGCUGACAUCUUGAUCUACAAGUCGACCCACGUCCCUGUGGGCGAUGACCAGACCCAGCACCUCGAGUUGUGUCGGACUGUGGCCAACACCUUCAACCACACCUACAAAACCAAGUUCUUCCCAUUGCCAAAGACGUUGUUGACGCCUGCCAGUAAGGUGUUGGCGUUGAGGAACCCCAGCAAGAAGAUGUCCAAGUCGGACGCUGACCAGAACUCGUCGAUUUAUCUCACCGAGAGCCCUGAUACUAUCGCCAAGAAGGUGCGCAAGGCCACAACCGACUCCAUCCAGGGACCGUUGUACUACGACCCUGAAACUCGUCCUGGUGUGAGCAACCUCAUCAACAUUGUCGCUGGUAUCAACAGGGCCAGUGUCGAAGACACGGUUCGGGACUUGGCGUGGGUCAAGGACCACAAGCAAUUGAAGGAUCACGUCACCGAGGUGGUGGUGGAAGAGUUCCGGGAAAAGAGACACAUGUUUGACCACUUGAUGGGCGACUUGGGAUACUUGGACUCCGUGUCGAAGCAGGGAACGGAACGGGCCAGAGAGAUCGCACUGAAGAACAUCAAAGAGGUGCGUGCUCUAAUGGGUUUGAACUAG